AGGUGGGGAGCAGGACCAGAGACAGCACAUGACAAUCUCUUAGAACAACACCUGGGUGGAGGAAGAGCUGUGUACCUGCUGGCUGCUCGGCGAAACCCAGCUCGGACCUUUUCUGGCACUCGAAAAGAGUGAAUGAGAUGUGCAGCUCGGGGUGUCAUUUCUGAAGGGCGGAGUUGUUGUCUUGGAGAAGAGUCCUCAAUGAUCCUGGCCGAGGCCCGGGAUCUGUGUGAAGUGGACUAAGGAUUUAGUAGGAUGUCAACUGAGACAGAACUUCAAGUAGCUGUGAAAACCAGCACCAAGAAAGACUCCAGAAAGAAAGGUCAGGAUCGCAGCGAAGCCACUUUGAUAAAGAGGUUUAAAGGUGAAGGCGUCCGGUACAAGGCCAAACUGAUUGGGAUUGAUGAGGUUUCCGCAGCUCGGGGAGACAAGUUAUGUCAAGAUUCCAUGAUGAAACUCAAGGGCGUUGUUGCUGGCGCUCGUUCCAAAGGAGAACACAAACAGAAAAUCUUUUUAACCAUCUCCUUUGGAGGAAUCAAAAUCUUUGAUGAGAAGACAGGGGCCCUUCAGCAUCACCAUGCUGUUCACGAAAUUUCCUACAUUGCAAAGGACAUCACAGAUCACCGCGCCUUUGGAUAUGUUUGUGGAAAGGAAGGGAAUCACAGAUUUGUGGCCAUAAAAACAGCCCAGGCGGCUGAACCUGUUAUUCUGGACUUGAGAGAUCUCUUUCAACUUAUUUAUGAAUUGAAGCAAAGAGAAGAAUUGGAAAAAAAGGCACAGAAGGAUAAGCAGUGUGAACAAGCUGUGUAUCAGACAAUUCUGGAAGAGGAUGUGGAAGACCCUGUAUACCAGUACAUUGUGUUUGAGGCUGGACACGAGCCAAUCCGUGAUCCCGAAACGGAAGAAAACAUUUAUCAGGUUCCCACCAGCCAAAAGAAGGAAGGUGUUUAUGACGUGCCAAAAAGUCAACCUGUAAGUAAUGGCCAUCCGAUUGAGCAUUUUGAAGAACGGUUUGCUGCAGCCACCCCGGUAAGAAUGAGAGGGCCCUCCUGGGGAACUGUUUCGUGUCAUUAUCAUCCCAUCAUUCAUGUCAUGCUCAUAAGUCGUGCCUUGUGGUUACAGAACAGAAACCUGCCGGUGGACUUCGAUGAGAUUUUUGAGGCAACACAGGCUGUGACCCAAUUAGAACUUUUUGGGGACAUGUCCACCCCUCCUGAUAUAACCUCUCCCCCCACUCCUGCAACUCCAGGUGAUGCCUUUAUCCCGUCUUCAUCUCAGACACUUCCAGCGAGUGCAGACAUGUUUGGUUCUGUACCUUUCGGCACUGCUGCUGUACCCUCAGGUUAUGUCGCAAUGGGCGCCGUCCUCCCAUCCUUCUGGGGCCAGCAGCCCCUUGUCCAGCAGCAGAUCGCCAUGGGUGCUCAGCCACCAGUCGCUCAGGUGAUGCCGGGGGCUCAGCCCAUCGCAUGGGGCCAGCCGGGUCUCUUCCCCGCCACUCAGCAGCCCUGGCCAGCUGUGGCGGGGCAGUUUCCGCCCGCCGCCUUCAUGCCCACACAAACUGUUAUGCCUUUGCCAGCCGCCAUGUUCCAAGGUCCCCUUCCCCCCCUUGCAACCGUCCCAGCCACGGGUGACUCCGCCAGGUCAAGUCCACAGACCGACAAGCCCAGGCAGAAAAUGGGGAAAGAAAUGUUUAAAGAUUUCCAGAUGGCCCAGCCUCCACCUGUGCCCUCCCGCAAACCCGACCAACCCUCCCUCACCUGUACCUCAGAGGCCUUCUCCAGUUACUUCAACAAAGUCGGGGUGGCACAGGAUACAGAUGACUGUGAUGACUUUGACAUCUCCCAGUUGAACUUGACCCCUGUGACUUCUACCACACCAUCAACCAACUCACCUCCAACUCCAGCCCCGAGACAGAGCUCUCCAUCCAAAUCAUCUGCGUCCCACGCCAGUGAUCCUACCCCAGAUGACAUCUUUGAAGAGGGUUUCGAAAGUCCCAGCAAAAGCGAAGACCAAGAAGCUCCUGAUGGGUCACAGGCCUCAGCCAACAGUGAUCAAUUUGGGGAGCCCAGUGGGGAGCCCAGUGCUGAUAAUAUAAGUCCACAGGCCGGUAGCUAGAUAGCGCAGGUCUGGGAGCUGCAGCCUCUCUGCGCAGAUCAACAGACCUAAGACAUAGCAUCAAUGCGGGCUCAUUGUGGGUGCUUCCGGACUGGGAUGGAAAUCAGCAUCACAACAGCUCUCCUGGAUUCUUUCACCUCACCUCAUCCGCAAAGAAAUUCAUUAUUGCCCAAUGGAACUCGUUUGGAAGAGGGAACUAAGAGUUUUUGGCAACUGACGGCAGAUACCUAUGGCAGCACAAAAAACAGACAAACAAACAAAAAAAACCACAAAAGUGUAACAAAAUUAUACCCAACGUUAAAUCACAAA